CUUUUACUUAUUUUUAUGUAUUUUUUCUGAAAUAUAUAUAUAUAUAUAUACUCUUCCAAAUAUUAAUCAUUUUUCUACCAUCAAAAUUUCGACAAAUCAUUUUUAAACCCAUCCUCUAUGGCAACUCACCUAUCCCUACUGAAAACUCCUCGCCGAUUUCUCUUCAUCGCAUCGAUUGGAAACCCCCGUCCCUACCGCCAAACCCGUCACAGUGCUGGUCACGUCCUUCUCGAUGCUUUAAUACCGCUUUUACCGGCCAGAUUUCCCCUGGUAUCCUCCAUACAUCAGUCAUUUGCCGGUCCCAUUUUCUAUCGGACGUGGUACAGUUCAUCAUAUAUGAACGAGUCGGGGCCGAAGCUCGUCCGACAACUCAAGAACUGGAUUUCAACGGCUCAGUCCGAGAUAUUGGGGAAGGUGGUCAAACAGGGGCACGUGGAGCUCUCGAGGGCAGUCGAGAACGUGGACACAGAGAAGGCCGAAUGGCAGCGUCGAGGCACUGACCCCCAGUCGCUGAGAUAUUUAGAUCCCACCCUGGUGAUCCUUCACGAUGAGCUGGAGGCGCCCCUGGGCAAGGUCAGAGUGAAACGGGGCGGGCCGGAGAAGGCCAGUCUACGUGGGCACCGAGGCUUGAUUAGUAUCAUGGAGAGUCUGCGUGGAAAGGGGUUGCACCCUCCGCGCGCAAGUCCCGGCGAAACCCGUCCGCACGGAGACCUUUCCGUAUUGCGGAUCGGGGUUGGCAUUGGUCGUCCAUCCACUCGAAAUCGGGGCGAUGUUGCGGACUAUGUUCUUACAGAAAUGAAUGUCACUGAAUUGGCUGCAGUACAUGCGGCCGCUGGGUCUGUGUUAGACAUCUUGGCAGAUGAGCUCUAUCGUGAGGAGAAUGAACCCUGAUGUGAUUCGGGGCAAUUAUCGUGGUGAGCUGUGCAAGCAUCGCUGCAGCUAAAACAUUGUACAGGUAAAUAGAAGCGUCUAGGCAGAUACCCAACGGGAACACGGGAAGACCCAUUCAUUAUUAAUGAUACCUACGACACUUUGUGCUACCCAGUGUUGCGUUGGUUAUGCACUGUAAGGCGUAAGAAGUCGGGGACAUUGUCGUCUUCUUCGUGGCUAUCAUUCUCCCUCCUUCUCUCGCUCUCUUUCUGCUUAUCAGAUAGUUAAAACAGGCAAUUAAUAAGCAAAGAUAAUAUCAGCUCCGGGAAACAAGUGCAAAUAAUAAAAAAGACCAACAAUGAU